GCAGGCUUUAGCGGAUGCGCUGCGCAGCGAGUACGGAGUGGAGGCGUGGAGGAACAAAAAAUCGGAUUACGGCUCCGUCUGCUUCCAACCCUCGGUGCUCCGGACCAUUUUCAACGGGAUCUCUUUUGCGCAUUGCACGCCGCGCCUGUCUCUGGCGAAUGCUCUGCGGUAUGCGCAGGUCACGGAAGUUCCGUUCAAAGUCGUGAAGGAGCGCGAGCGGCGGGUUUUUACUUCGCCCGGUCGUGGGGACGAACAAAACGACAAAGUGAACAAAAAUCAUGCUGAAGAAGCAGGACGAGAUAAAGAAAAAGAAAGACAAACAAAAGCGUUACCCCCGUCCUCCGAGACCUUUCGCGUCUUGUUGCACAAGUUCGGCAUCACUGACUACGGGUACGAGAAAUGGAAGCGGGAGAAAUUGGAAAAUUUUUUUCGUAGAAGUAGUUCAACAGCAGAACAAAUACAUCCUCAACGGCCCGGCAAGAAGAUGAACAGCGAGGAGAGUAGUAGAAACAGCCACAAGAACACGACAGAUGUUGAGCCUAGUAGACCACAUGAUCAAGGAGCACGACGAGCCGCCGGGCGAAGCAAGGCUGCGCCUGUUUCUUCAUCUGCGAUGCAGCAGGACGCCAAAAAUACGAGGAAGAGGGAGCAGGAGCGAAAAGAAAUGAAUGACGUGGAGGCCGAAUAUCAACGCCGUCCCAACAGUGUGGAAGAUGAACUACUGCAAGAAAGAGUAGAGUUGUCGUCUUUAGAGGACGCCGCCGCGCUGGGCCCGAGUGUGGUCCUGUACCCGGACUAUUUGCAAAAACACAUCGGGCCGUUGUGGGUGGAUGCGCUUACGGCCGACGGGGUAGAAGAUGCAGAUCAGAACAGGAGCCACUUCCUAGUGUUACGAGAGCAGCCAGUGGAUUUCGCAGCAGGAGGCGAUGAACCUCCGCGCAGUAAAAAUAAACCAAAUAAAGCAAAAAUCCACGUUGGGCCUGUGAAACCGACCGUGUACCAUUUGCAAGACAGCGCGGUGCGCACCGACUACGACGGCCUAUCCCUGGCGAGCGAGACUUUGGUCAUGUCCUCAGCUGGCGGCGGGACGAGGAGGAUUGGUGCGUCUAGUAGUACAUCUUCCCGUGCUAGUUCCUCAUCUUC